GAUUAUUUUCGUAUCUACGAAGAAAAAGGACGAGGAAAUCCGAGUGAGUGCACAGAUAUGAUGGCUUCGCGGCUUUCACUUUCUCUUUGUAAGAGAGUUAGAAAAGGGAUAACUUCGUCAUGUCAAACAGCGUUUAAACCAAACUUAAGUAUUGUUAGGCAUACAACACAAGGCAAUCCUGAAAGUUUUACGAAAGUUUCUGAUGAUGAGAAAGGUAUUAGAACCAUACAGCUGAACGACCCCAAGAAGAGAAAUGCAUUGUCACUCAACAUGCUCAGAACCUUACAUGGCAACCUUAGCACAGGGGUAGAUGAUUUAAGAGUGAUUAUUCUCAGUUCUGAUGGUCCAGUCUGGUCAGCAGGGCAUGAUCUGAAAGAACUGACAAGCAGACAAGGUAGGGAGUAUCACCAAGAAGUGUUUGAGACAUGUUCAAAGGUGAUGUCCCUAAUUCAGGAUUUGCCUAUUCCAGUGAUAGCUGCUGUAUCUGGUUUAGCCACAGCGGCAGGUGCCCAGUUAGUUGCCAGUUGUGACAUUGCCAUUGCUACAGAAAGUGCCAAAUUUGCUACACCAGGAGUUAGUGUUGGUUUGUUCUGUUCAACUCCUGCAGUGGCUGUGGGAAGGGCUGUGCCAAGAAAGGUUGCUAUGGAGAUGCUGUUCACUGGACACCCUAUCUCUGCCCAAGAUGCACUUCUUCAUGGUUUGAUUAGUCGAGUUGUUCCGGAUGACCAGCUGGAUAAUGAGGCAAGGAAGAUAGCAGAACGAAUUUGCGAAACAAGCCGGGAAGUUGUAGCACUUGGUAAAGCAACAUUUCAUGCUCAGAUGAAUUUGGAAAGGAGAGAAGCUUACAGAUUGACAUCAGCAGUAAUGGUGGAGAAUCUCUCCCUAGAAGAUGGUCAGGAAGGGAUCAAAGCUUUCAUAGAGAAGAGAAAACCAUCGUGGUCACACAGAAAUAAGAAAGUUCAUUGACAGGAUCGGAUUAAUGGAACAAUAAGCACUAGUUCAUUCCAGACGGAGGUCUGAAAACACAUAGCAAUCAUUUAUACAUAAUUAUAUCAACUGUGAUUUUUAUAAAAUGAUCCUUUGUGAUUUUUUGUUCACAUUGUGUCGGUCAUGCAUACAAACAAUAGAUUACUUCUUUUGAUUUUCAGCUGUGAUUUUUACUUUUAGUAUUGUAUGAAUAAAUGUUUUUAAGCUAAAAUAUUUACAUUCA